AUGGGCGAUCAAGAUCCAUUACACAUUGCCGGAGACGGCCAAGAAGAUUCUCAGACAGAGUUUGACAUUCCGCAUUGGUUGAGCUGCGUUGUUCUGUUUUCCGCGAGUUCAUCGUUUUUCUUCUCACUGGUCUCCAACUCUAACUCCUACUUGACAAGCAACACCGGGUAUGCGCACGGAGGGGAUAUGUACUCACAUCAAGUCGAAGCACUUUACUUGAAAGAACUUCUUGAAAGUGGAACAACCGAUCUUUGGUUCGAUGAAUUAACAUUGGGCUACCCUUUAUUUCUUGCCUAUCACCCACUUCCCUGUCUGCUUAAUGCCAGUCUCAUGAUCUUAGGAGAAUCGUAA